AUAUCAUCUCAUUUCUCUGCAUUAAAACUUUUAUUUUACAUUUUUCCUUCCCAAAUGCUUCAAACGGUAAAUUAAGGAUAAUUAUAGUUGGAAUUUUGGGAUUCAAAGUUACAAGGAAAGGAAGUGAUGGUUGUUGUUGGUAGUGGUUGAGGUUGUGGUCGGCAAAGAAAUUAAAUGGAUUCUGCGAGGAGUUGGUUACAAAAGUUUCAGCCACGUGAUAGAUUAAGGGCCUCUACGAGGAAAAAAGAUGAUACUCAUGGUGGAAACGAAGUUCCAAAUGAGCCUAUGGAUGAAGAAACUCUUUCCAAUAUCACAAAGCAGAAGGUUGCAGCAGCCAAGCAGUACAUAGAGAACCACUACAAGGAACAAAUGAAGAGCCUUCAAGAGAGGAAGGAGCGUCGAACCAUCUUGGAAAAGAAGUUGGCCGAUGCUGAUGUCUCUGAGGAAGAUCAAAAUAACCUACUUAAAUUUUUAGAGAAAAAGGAAACUGAAUAUAUGCGUCUUCAAAGGCACAAAAUGGGUGUUGAUGAUUUUGAGUUAUUGACUAUGAUUGGAAAAGGUGCAUUUGGGGAGGUUAGAGUUUGUAAGGAAAAAACUUCAGAUCAUGUAUAUGCAAUGAAAAAGUUAAAGAAAUCAGAGAUGCUUCGUAGAGGCCAGGUAGAACAUGUUAGAGCUGAGAGGAAUCUCCUUGCAGAGGUUGACAGCAAUUGCAUAGUUAAACUUUAUUGUUCAUUUCAAGAUGAUGAGUAUCUAUAUCUUAUUAUGGAGUAUCUACCUGGUGGGGAUAUGAUGACUCUACUGAUGAGAAAGGAUACCUUGACUGAAGAUGAAACUCGAUUUUACGUCGGAGAAACAGUUUUGGCUAUUGAAUCUAUACAUAAACACAAUUAUAUACAUAGGGAUAUUAAGCCUGAUAACUUAUUACUUGAUAAAUACGGACACUUGAGACUAUCAGAUUUUGGACUAUGUAAACCAUUAGAUUGUAGUACACUUGAAGAAACAGAUUUUUCUACAAAUCAAAAUGCAAAUGGGUCAACCCAAAAUGACGAACAAGCAGCUCCAAAACGCACACAACAAGAACAAUUACAACAUUGGCAGAAGAAUCGAAGGACACUCGCUUAUUCUACUGUUGGUACACCAGAUUAUAUUGCUCCAGAAGUUUUGUUGAAGAAAGGUUAUGGGAUGGAAUGUGAUUGGUGGUCACUUGGAGCUAUUAUGUAUGAAAUGUUGGUAGGAUAUCCACCUUUUUAUUCUGAUGAUCCAAUGUCAACAUGUAGGAAGAUAGUAAAUUGGAAAUCUCACUUAAAAUUUCCCGAAGAAGCAAGAUUAACUUUUGAGGCUAAAGAUCUUAUAAGCAAACUUUUGUGUAAUGUGAACCAAAGGUUGGGCUCAAAUGGUGCAAAUGAAAUAAAGGCCCAUCCAUUUUUUGAUGGUGUUGAAUGGGAUAAACUGUAUCAAAUGGAAGCUGCAUUUCUUCCUGAGGUCAAUGAUGAGUUAGAUACUCAAAAUUUUGAAAAGUUUGAAGAGGCUGACAGCCAGACUCAAUCAUCAUCAAGAGCUGGUCCGUGGAGGAAGAUGCUUUCGUCUAAAGACUUGAAUUUUGUGGGAUACACAUAUAAGAACUUUGAAAUUGUCAACGAUUAUCAAGUUCCUGGGAUGGCUGAGUUAAAAAAGAAAACCUCUAAAGCAAAGAGACCAUCUGUCAAGUCCCUAUUUGAUUCUGAGUCUGAGGCAUCCGAAAUGGUUGAGGGUCCAAAUUCAUCUGGAAGCAUAAUUAGGAAUGAUGGUCUACCCCCUCAACCUGAAUAGAAGUCAUAACUCAACCCUAUAAUAACAUUUUGACCAUUUUCAUGCUUAAUGUAAUUCUUGGUGUUAUUCCACAUUUUGAUUUGUUAUUAGAAACAUCAAUAGUUAUUGAUUAGCAGAAAGGUGCAAACAAAAUGUUGUUUGUAUAGUUAAUUGAUUUCCCUCAAGUUGACUUGGAUGAAUCUCAUAAGUUUUGUUAGUUUCUACAACUAUAGAAAUGUAAAUCUCUCAUUCUCUACUCUUUGUCAAAUAUACGACAUUUUGUAAACAGGUAACAAAUAGAAAUCAUAUGUAUAUUUAUGUUAUGUAAUUACA